AUGGCUACACUUCAAGACGACACGAAUGGCUCGAAACCGCUUGAUGACAGCAGAUGUACAAGCGGAUCGAACGGGGACGAUCGCUGUCGGGUCAGCGCUGCGGAGACACGCGAGUUUCGCAAGCGGUGGCUAUUGCUGACCGAGUGGGAGCGCGUGGCUGCGCUAAGGGGAGACAUACAUCAGUUUGUGCAGACCGCAAUGGACCUUGUGCCGUGUUCGGGCUGUCGAAGUAGUGCCGAAGCGCUCUUUUACAAGCUUGCAGACAGCAUUGAUCGCGUACCUCAGAGUGUCAGUCGAUCGGGACUCUGUUUCGACAAUGACAAGUGCUUUCGACUGCAUGCAUCAUAUUUGAACAGUCCCGACACGUCGCUUGCACUCUUUUCGCAUCAAGAGCGAUGGGCAAACGAGGCACUUGUGAAGCCGACCAAGUCGAGUAGCAAAGCUGGCACGUCCCGGGCACAGUGUCAGCUGCACUCGCAUCGGGUGCGAGGUCGCCCGCGUCCCGCAGCGUUCGAAGCUCUGUGGCUGAAGCUGUCAGAAGACCAGCAGCGGCAUCUUUCUCAUAUUGACUCGGAUCAGUUCCUGACUGAUUUGGAGAGCUAUCUGCGGCGUCAUCGCUUUUGUUGUCGGUGUAAAGAGAAGGUGUUGGAAGCUUAUGAUCUGCUCAUUGGCUCAGGUUGUAGCGAAGACGACUGCGAGGAUUGUGCGGGAUUCGACUGCGCGGAGAAACAUCACGAACAUAGCGAUUACGGUGACGAUUUGCAUUACACGUCGUACUUGUUCGACGAACUCGCAUUUUCACGCGCGACAAACCAGAUUAUCGUGCCUUGUAAUAUUGACUUCAUGUCACAACUGAUGUCGCGAGCGGACCAGGAGGUUGUCGGUGACUGGGGCGAUCGUCACGCGCGUACGAUUGCUGAAGCACAGGACGAGGUUCUCAUAUGUCUGGGCAUGGUGGUCUGGGACAAGGCACAAAGCCUCUGGACCAAGUCCCGAUCAGAAAAGCGUGCUGAAGAAUUGCUGGUGCACUGCGCUGUGGCUACGCUGCGCCAAAACUUCGAUGUGGCAGUGGAGGCCUUGCAUGGUGAGGAGAUGAUGGAACAGUUGCUGGCAGAAGAAGACGAUGAGUAUCGGAGACUGGUGAAGAAGAAAGAAAAGCGAAAGGAAAAGAAGAAGAAGCGUAAGUCAGCAUCGAAGCAGAAGCAAGCGGAUCGGUCAGAAAUCGAGAAGAGUCGACCGAUUGAGAAACAAAAGCCGAAGCAGACCAAACUACGCAGGCAAUCCGACAGUCGCAAGACUGUGACAUCGCAGUCAUCUAGCAGUUCCACCAGCAGUCAAGGUGACGAGGACGGGUUCACCAGUCCCAGUACGUCCGUGGAACCGAUUCGAUCGCAUCAGUGUGAUCCGACGUGUGAUGAACCGUGUCUACGCGGAACGUUGGCGCACGAUGAGCAAAUGGAGUGGCAAUUACUGUCGUCCAUGGGGUGGGAUGCGUCGAACCGGUUUACGUCAUCUUCGCCGGAGCUGGAUGUAGAUACGGACGAUGAAAACCAGGGCAUUCCGGAAGACGACAUUCGCUUCUGGAAACAGAAUCGCUCGAGUCUUGUUCGGCGCCGCAUGGCUCAGCGGCAGAAACUGCAGGAACGUUUCGACCAGUUUGUUCAGCGCACGACAUCCCUCGACGGGUAG